AUGAAGAACCAAAGCAACCCCAUUUUCAUUUCUGCCUUUCUGCUUAUUUUCUUGAAUGCAGCAUUGAUCACAGCUCAAGAAGUUGAGGACGAGAGAGAGUUUGUGUACGACGAAAGGAACAACAAUGGUCCUUCACGUUGGGGUGAGCUAAAGAAAGAAUGGGCCACUUGUAAAAAUGGACCGAUGCAGUCUCCAAUCGAUAUCCCGAAUCAAGUAGCAGAAGCAAUCCCCAAGUCCGGAGAGAUAAGGAGGAAUUACAAGCCUAGUAAUGCCACUCUCAUGAACAGGGGUCAUGAUAUAACGCUGAAAUGGGCCGGUGACGCUGGAUCAAUUCAGAUCAAUGACACUGUUUAUCUCCUCCAACAAUUGCACUGGCACGCACCCUCCGAGCACACCAUCAAUGCCAAGAGGUAUGACAUGGAGCUGCACAUGAUUCAUAUGAGCCCAGACCUCAAUGUCAAGAAUAGGAUAGUAGUAGUUGGGAUUCUCUACAAGAUUGGCCAAUCUGAUGUGUUCCUUUCUAAGUUGAGUAGAAACAUUGCACCUUUGAUGGAUGGUUUGAAAGAAAAUAGCGCGGGGAAAGUGGAUCCAAGAGACAUCAAGGUGGGUGGCACUAGGUAUUACAUGUACACUGGUUCACUCACUAUGCCCCCUUGUUCUGAAGAAGUUAUUUGGAUCAUCAAAGAAGAGGUGGCAACUGUUUCACAAGAACAAAUCAACUUCCUGCGAGACACAGUUCAUGAUUAUGCACAGAGCAAUGCAAGACCAUUGCAACCACUCAAUCGUCGAGAGAUACACCUCUAUGGUUUGAUGUAA